UAGAGAUUUUUAGUUAGUGGAGAGUGCUAAUCCAAUCUAAAAUUUCCAACAUGGAAAAUCCUUCUGAAUUUCCAUCAACUCGUUCUCAUUCUCCCACGUUUGAAAUUGAGGUUGUCGGCGGCGGCGGAAUAGAGAUGGCGGCGGCGCCGACGGCGGCAUCUUACACGAGUCUGAGGGACAUCAUGCCACACCCAAACAAUGACAGCUGGAAUGAGAUACCGAUCAAGAACCAUCUCCUCAAACAAGCAGCUCUCGCUUACCUUCAGCCCAUGUCCACGCCCCCGCCGGAGGUUGGGAACAAAGGCUUCCUCCAAAAGUUGAAGGAAAACUGCGUCUGCUUCCGGUGGCUUCACGGUGGAGUCUUCAGUACCUUGGGGAAGUUUGUUGGGUUGUUUUGUGAAAAGAGGAGGAUAAACAAUGAGGGUAGGCGGCGUGAAGAAGAGGAUGAUGGUGAAAACGUUGACUGAAGAAUUAAACAGAGGGGAUGGAAGGGAAGGUCGUGGUUUUUGGAACUUUCUGUUUGACCAUUAGAUGAGUAGUAUAUUAUUUUUUCUGUCAGAAACUUGUAAAUAAAAUAGGGUUUUUGAAAUUGAUUUGGGUUUAUGUGAUGAAUGAUGAUUACUUUUGAGAAAAAUUACCAUAUUUUUAGAACUAGACUUGACUUGAGUAGAUUAUCAUAUACACACUUGGUGGCCAUGAUAGGAUUAGAGCAGGAUAUGAUAAAUGACUGGAUAAGGACAAGAUAUG